UCUCUUUUGGUCCGGAUAAUGUCAAAAAUGGACAGUUCAAGUACUCCUGAAGAAGUAGCAAACUUUCUUGAAGAGCAAUUAGGCAUUCCGAUCGCUUUUACGCAAGCUUUUAUAGAUAACUACAUAGAUGGUAUAGAGUUUUAUAACUUAACACUGGAUGAUUUAGAGAAGCUUAUAAAGCCCAUAGGGAUAUGUAAAAAGAUAUAUCGCCAUAUUGAAAAGCACAGUGAGACGGCAUCCUCUAAUACUUGCACCCCAGUUCACGGAGUUACAGCAAAUAAUUGUCAUGACACGGAGACUUUUUCUGAUCCAGUUGUAAAUUCUCAAGAGUCACCAAUAACUCCUGUGAUACAGCGGACACCAGCAACUCCAAUCACUCCCACUUCGUCAAAAAGUUUAUCAUUUCCUUCGCCCUUUCCCAUUCCAGACUACUGGGGAGAACCUGUAGAUUCUAUUUUGCGUGAAAAGAGAGUAACUCCAGUUGUACGACAGGAGAUUAUUACAACUCUGGGCUGUUCGAUCAAAGCAUUUAAUAGUAAACCCACUAAAUCCCAGUGUGUUGAUGUCGCGACAGAAUUAAUCAAGAAGUAUCCUUUUUUGAAAGACCCUAUAGGAUCUGAAACAGGGUCUUGGACUCAUAAACUCAUGGAAAAGUUUAGGAAUGCCAGGAAAUACCGUAAAAGAAAGUAUGGUGAUACAGAGGAAAAGGAUGAUUGUUCCAGUUCAAAAAAACUAAAGUCAACAGAUAGUGAUGCCUCAUCAUCUCUUCCAACAGAAGAUAUAGCAGCAAUGAAAAAGGAACUUGAGAAUGAUAGGCCAAGAGAGUAUAUCUUAAUUCAACUGAUGAAUACUACUUUUUCUUCCAGAAAGAGUUUAAUAUAUGAGAAAAAGAGUAUAGCAGAUAUUCUCUCUGUUUAUCCGGCAUUAAAAGUUGUUGCUGUCAUUGAAAAUGAAAUGGCCUUAAUUACUUCCACUAAAGUGAAGGAUACCUACCUUAAAAACUGGAAAAAGUGGGUUCCAGCAAUUUAUGAGUACUCAAAGGGAUUGAAAAGAAAAUCAGUACAAGAGGUGUGUUCUUCAGUGACUUCUGAGUUGGAUCCAGAUUGUGAACAAGAAGUAGCUCUUAAGCUUUUGAUAUGUUUGUUUAUGAAUCGUGUGAAAGAUACUGUUAGUGCAUCAAAGGAAAUCUAUGCUGAGUAUGAUGCGUCUACUUCUUUAGAAGAAAUUUCAACAGAGCAACCCCCCAAAAAUGCUCCUAGAAUUGUAAAGCUAACUGGCGGAAAGAAGCCACAGUUUUUUAUACUUGUUGAACAGGAUGUGCUUUGUGAAGCUGUCUCUAUAUCUGAAGCCAUUUUUGUGUGGUUUAGCACGCAUUACAUAUUUAAUAUGCAGUAUGCUACGGCAGUUUGUAAUACUGGAUUUUUCUUUCAAGAUGCAAUUUUUGAGAUUCCAGGAGGCUCAAGAAAAUUAAGCUACAAGACUGUUUUGGGGGACUUAAAGCAGCAUCUAACAGAAUAACUGGGAAAAGAACUAUAGACAUUAUAGUCAUUAACUAUAACUACAAAUAGAUUGUUAAGUACCUGCAGUUAAUUUUGUUAAUUGCCAUUUUGCUUAUUUUCUUUAUAGUUGUUUUGCGUAAUUACAUUCUUUAAAUACUUGGUUUAAUGGUGUAAUACUUACUACAAUUUUUGGUUAAUUUAAAUGGUUAUUCCACAAUGAGCAGUCAAAUUCACUGUAAAAA